AUGGAGGAUGCUUCACCGCCACCUGCCGGUACUUUCCUUGCUGAGGAUGUCGCAGGUUCUGUAACAACCAAAAGUCAGGAAAGCAAUGAAAUCUCUAGAGUGCAACCUAAAACUGAGUCAAGCGAUGAAAUAUCUAAUUACGAGAUUGAAGAAUCUGUGAAACACGAGACAAAAAAUCAACAUGGUGCAGUGUCACCGACAACUUCAGCUGUCACUAGAUUAUCAGUUGAAGGAAGUGAUCGAACUACAGACGCUGCACCAAAAAUGAGCCACACAAUCUUCACACCAAGAAGAAUCAGCGUCUCAAUCUCUGCUUCAGAGAAUAUUCGACUUGUUUGUUCAGUUAUUAUAGCCCUGUUGGUGGUUUUAUCAUAUCAUGGCUAUUCAUUGGGGAUUAAUGCUCUAGGAAGCAUAACCAGCUUUAGACCACUUUUACUAGUGUUUCUAACCGAUGCCACGGUAAUCUUAGCGCCGCUAGUCAUUAAUCAAGCAAAUGAGCAAAAAGGCAAGGAGACAGCAAGGAGUACAGCAAUGGAAGGAGAUUGCUCGGCAAUGAAUAUAGGCAGUAUGCUGGAGGCUGCUAUGGUAUUCCAAAAAGCUGUAAGUGCUGUUUCCAUGGAUUGUAGUAUUUGUGCAGUCAUAAUGAUUUGUGGAAUUGUGAUCUAGAAAUAAGCUUUUGUCGUAGUCGAGGGCUUGUAUGAUUAUUGACAUAACUUAUAUUUAUUGGCUUGGUCUUGUCUGCUAAAUUUUGUAUGUUGGGAAGUUUGUAUUCUAUGUACUGAGAUUAGAGUGCAGCCCUAUUACAUUUCAGAACAUUUUUAUUUCAAUUCUUGUUUGCCGGGGACUAUGA